UGUAUUUUUUCCAUUAAAAUUAAAAAUUGUUAGACAAUAUGAAAUUAGGUCUUCCCGUACUUUAUUUCUCCGACAUAAUUUCCGUAUGCAAUGACCUUUGAGUUGAACUCAUUCGGCAAAUCAAAUGCGCAAGCGCAAUAUUUCCGGUAAACAGAAAAGAUGUCGGACACGACAGGUUUGAAGCGAGGGAGAAAGCCGACUUUGACUGAUUCGGGAAGAAAAAGACGACGGACGGAAAUAAAUGCAAAAAAUAAUAAGAACAGAAUUUACAUCGGUAACCAGUACGAUCGCUGGAUGGAAGUAAAGUGUGCGCUUCGUCUUCAAUCUAACGCUGAAGUGGCAAAGAUACUGCUUGAUAAGUUUGAACAACCAACCAGCCCUGCACCUACUCAUGAAAUUUCUGGGAAGACUUCCAACAACUUGAUAACAUCAACCCCUGGGCCAAUGAAAUCUACAAUAAUGAUUAAGCCUCUCCAUUUAUCUGGUGUGUCCGAAAUAUCGUCAUCAGAAAGCGAACUUGGAAGAAACUCUGUGGAUGAGACCCAUAUGUCUGGGAUAGAGGAAAUAUGUAAAAAAGGAGAGUCUUUGGUGGAAAAUACACAAAGCAGCUUUAUAAACCCAUUUGAGUAA